CGAAAAGUCUUCAGAGGAACCGGGAAAGACACUCACAGCCUUGGAGCACAAGCUUGGAGUGGCUGCCUGACUCUUCUGGGGUUCUGAGUUCUGUAAUUAGUGCUUGUUCCUGAUUGCUUCAGAUUGAAGAUCUGAAGAAUGAGUGGUCAGGACCCACCCACACUCCUGCAGCUGGCAGUGCAGAGCCUGCUGAGGGACGAAGCCCUGGCCAUCUCUGCUCUGCAGUGCCUGCCCAGGGUGCUGUUCCCACCACUGUUCAAGGAAGCCUUCAACCAUGGACAAAGUAACAUUCUGAGGGCUAUGGUAGCAGUUUGGCCGUUCAGCUUCCUUCCCGUGGGGACCCUGAUGAAGACUUGCCACCUGGAGACCUUGCAGGCUGUCCUGGAUGGAGUAGACAUGCUGCGAACACAGAAGGUGCUCCCCAGGAGGGGGAAGCUCCAGGUGCUCGACCUGAGGAAUGUGCAGCACAACUUCUGGGAUGUUUGGGCUGGCACAGAGGAUGGAGAGUGCUCGGCAGAGGCUGUGGGUAAGAAGCAAGCGGUGAAGCGCUCUCCUAGAUAUGCCCUGAGGCAACGUUUGAAGGUGGUCGCAGACCUUUGCCUCAGGUUCCAUCUGAAUGAACACCAAACAUACUUGUUACAGUGGGCCCAGCAGAGAAGAAGUUUCAUUAGGCUGUGCUGUAUGAAGAUGCAGAUCUGGGCAUUGCCCGUGUACACUGUCAGGAAAGUCCUGAUGGUUUUCCAGCCUGACAGCAUCCAGGAGUUGGAACUGAAUACAGGAUGGAGUCUGUCCACUCUGGUGCAUUUUGUAUCUUACCUGGACCAGAUGAGAAAUCUUCAAAAACUCCUUUUAACACGGAUCCACAAGAACACCUUCAAGGUUCUAAACACCCCCUCAGACAUACAGAAGUGUAUCACUAAGUUUGUUUCUCAGUUCUCUAAACUCAACUGUCUGCAGCAUCUCUCCAUGAAUGGCGUCUACUUUUCCAGUGAGCACAUGAAACAGUUGUUCAGGUACCUGAAGACCCCUUUGGAGACCCUAUCCAUCACUGUGUGCAAGCUUUCACAGUUAGACUUGAAUUCCUUGUCCCAGAGUCAGAGUCUCCAUCAGCUGAAACACUUGAAUUUGAGGCUUGUGAAAUUAAUUGACCUAUAUCCUACGCCUUUCCGUGAUCUCCUAAACAGUGUUGCGGGCACUCUGCAGAGCCUAGAGUUGGAGGGCUGCUGGAUGGUGGACUCUCAGCUCAUUACCCUCCUGCCUGCCCUGAGCCAGUGCUCCCAACUCACUAGGGUCAAUUUCUAUGACAACGAUAUCUCGAUGGCUGUCCUGAAAGACCUUCUGUAUCACACAGCCAGCCUCAACCAGCUGAUCCAAGAGCUGUACCCCGCCCCUCUAGAAUGCUAUGAUGACAGGGGUGAUGUCCGUGUGGGAAGAUUUGCUCAACUUUGUCCUGAGCUCAUGGAUACACUGAUUACUGUCAGGCAGCCCAAGAGAGUCUCCUUUGCUACACAUGUGUGUCACAAAUGUUGUCAGCGCUGUGUCUAUGACCUGGAGACCAGACUUUGUCAUUGUUGGCGGUAAGUGGGGAAGGUUGCUUCUUGAUAUUGAGAAUUGAAAACCUAGCAAUAGGUGUGAGUGGUUUCCUUGCACAUAUGCGUACUUGGUGCUUGUGGAGGUCAGACGAAGGAUUGGAUUCCCUGGAAUUGGAGUUACAGGUGGCUGUGAACUACCGUGUGGGGCUGGGAAGCUAACCUGGGUCCUCUGUAGGAACAGAGCGCUGAGCUGCAGAGCUGUUUCCCCAGCCCCAAUUUUGCAUUUUCUAAAAGGGUUUUGCCAGGACAUGAUCGUAAGUGACUUUCUCCUACAUGGUAGUUGUAGAGUAAGGGUCUGAUUUUGACUGGAUAUUCUGGUGUCUUUCUGUGCCAUUAACCUGGAUUCAGUGCCACGGUUUUCCUUUGAUUCUUGAGCUCGAAAGACCCUGUGUUCCCUGACCCCUUGUCCAAGAUCUCUAGACGUCUCUGAUGGCUAACCUGGUUUGUCAACAUGGCUAUGCCUGUAAUCAACUAGAACCCAUGCUGCUGAGCAUUCCUGUGAGGUGAGAUUCUUCAUCACAUUAUUUGAGGAAACACACCCAUCCUGUAUUGAAACCAUGCCUUCUCUUGGCAGCAGAUAUAAAAAGAUACGGAAGAAGAAAACUGUAAGGGACUUCCAGCCUUGUGGAUGGACGACUCCUACAUCCUUGGUCUACUAAAGUUCAUCUAUUUCUACUAUAUAUAGUUCUAUCAGUUCUGUUCCUUUAACCUUGAGCGAACCCUGACUAAUGAAAGGAAAGGCAGGCAGAGCUUGUCUUCUCUUCUGCCUGGGUGUCGGCUAUGUCCCGCUGUGUGUCUGCUCAGUACCUCUGUGUGCAAAGUUUCCAGCCGAAAACGAGCACUGCACUCCUAUGAGGUUUGGGGAAUGGAAUGGUCGAGGCAUUCUGUCUAGUCCAUUUGUACUGGGAGGUCACAGAUAAGCCACAGAGCUUGCUCACUCUCCUUCUCUUUCAUAGUUGUAUAUUGCGCAGGCUGGCCUUGAAAUCCUCCUGCCUUAACCUACACGCAGAGAUUUCUGAAGUAUGUCACCAUGGUAAAUCGCAUGUCUGUGGGGCACUAUUUGAUGCUUCCAUCCCUCUGGCUGUCCCUAAACAUAAAGGUCUCCAGCAUAUGGACAAAUGUCCCUGUCUUGUCUUAAAGGAUUGAUAGACCUUAAGAACUGUAUUGUAUGUCUGGAGUAAACCUGUUUUGUUAAUGAGUGCCUAAGUCUACCCAUUGCA